GAUGUCGGCUCGGUCAUGUGAUCAGCUGUGUCCAAUCACAGUCGAUUACAUAGGGGACAUGUACACUGAUCAUCAGUGUGGCCCCAGCAGUGCCACCUGUCAGUGUCCAUCAGUGCCUUAUGUCAGUGCCUCGUGACAGUGCCCAGCAGUGCCACAUCAAUGCCACAUAUCAGUGCCCACCAGUGCACAUCAAUGCCACAUAUCAGUGCCCAUCUGAGCUGCCUUUCAGUGUCACCCAUCAGUGCCAGUCAGUGCCACCUAUCAAUGCCAAUCAGUGCUGCCAGUCAGUGCCACCUAUCAGUGCCAGUCAGUGCCGCCUAUCAGUGCCAGUCAGUGCCGUCUAUCAGUGCCAGUCAGUGCCGUCUAUCAGUGCCAGUCAGUGCCGCCUAUCAGUGCUGCCUAUCAGUGCCAUGUAUCAGUGCUGCCUUUCAGUGCCCAUCAGUGAUGCCUGUCAAUGACCAUCAGUGCCACCUACCAGUGCCUCCUCAUCAGGGCCCAUCAGUGCCACCUAUCAGUGUCCAUCAGUGCAGCCUAUCAGUGCCCAUCAGUGCAGCCUCAUUAGUGCACAUCAGUGAAGGAGAAAAAUCACUUAUUUACAAAAUUUUAUAACAAAAACUAAGAAAAAACAUUUUUUUUUCUAAAUUUUCAGUGGUUUUUGGUUUGUUAAAGAAAAAAGAA